CGCUUGCAUUCAGCAUUUAACUGCCACAGACAGUCAUGAGGUUUCCUCUGUUAGCCGGACUUUUGUUCGUUCUCGUCACGGACGUCGUGGCGGAGCACAAACAUAGGCUGUCAUUCUGCCUGCCUGAGGGCGCGCUGUUCAAACGGGUGGAGAAGCUGCUGCACCGCUCCGCCUGGAGGACUGAAAGGAUGCGAGGCCACCCUGCCGCUGCUGAGCUGUCCUGCUCUGAGUUCAGCCGCACGCAGUUCUCCUCCGAGCCCAGGAAUCGCUCCCUGUCGCCGUGGCGCUUAAUAACCCACCCAAACCCUAACAUGUACCCUGAAACAUACGAGGAGGCUAAGUGCCUGUGCUCAGGAUGCAUCAUUAACGGCAAGGAGAACACAGACUACAACUCCGUUCCGGUGGAAAGAUCCAUGAUGUUUCUGAAGAAGGUCGCAUGUAAAGCUGACCCGCAGAAAUAUUCUUUAAUUAUUGAGCACAGAAAAAUACCUGUUGCAUGUACCUGUGUGGUGCCCAGACAGUGACCUCUUGUAGAGGCUAACAUUUAAUAAGACAAACGUAGUAGAGAUGAGUCUCAUAUAUUGGUUGUGUUUGUUUUAAAAUGCAAUAUUUUUUUUUACAUAACAUUGUUUUAAAUGUAAAAUUACACGUUCUACAUGAUUUCUGAGGGAAAGCAAACUGCAGUUAGUCUUCCAUGUAAGAUAAGGGUCUGUGUCUGUAAUUGUGCAAACACUACUG